GCUGCUCGCAGCGAGAGCCUUCAAUAAUAUCCAAAUGAAGUGAGAAUCUAGGCAAAAGGCAGCAGCCAUUUUCUGUGGUUUUUAAACUGAAAUCGGGGAUUAGUUCUGUUGUUGUUAAUCUGUUACUUAAUCAAUUGCUGGCUGUGAGACAUUAGUGUUAAAUCUAGUGAUAGGGCAAGGGGACAGAGUCGAAAUGUAUGUGUACGAAUUGUGUUGACAUAGGACAAUUUGUGACAUUCGUGUCCUCCGCUCUUGCAACCGAGAAUACACUUGGUGCUUUAGGCGGAGUGUAUAUAGCAAAUUCGGAGCCCUGGAAGGUUUAAAAGUCCAAACCAUGGGCAACAAUGCCGCUACGGCGAACAAAAAAGUUGAUUCAGCGGAGAGCGUCAAAGAAUUCCUUGAUCAAGCCAAGGAAGACUUUGAAGAAAAGUGGAAGAAGAACCCGACGAAUACCGCGGGUCUAGAUGAUUUCGAGAGGAUCAAAACCUUGGGUACUGGCUCGUUUGGCCGGGUCAUGAUAGUGCAGCACAAACCCACAAAGGAGUACUAUGCCAUGAAAAUCCUCGACAAACAAAAAGUUGUGAAACUGAAACAAGUGGAACACACGUUGAAUGAAAAGCGAAUUUUACAAGCCAUCAGUUUUCCUUUUCUCGUGAGUCUGAGGUUUCAUUUUAAAGACAAUACAAAUCUGUAUAUGGUGCUUGAAUAUGUGCCUGGAGGAGAAAUGUUUUCGCAUCUCCGGAAGGUUGGGAGGUUCUCUGAACCGCACUCGCGAUUUUAUGCAGCUCAAAUAGUUCUGGCUUUUGAAUACCUCCAUUAUUUAGAUCUGAUUUACCGGGAUCUGAAGCCUGAGAACUUGUUAAUAGAUUCCCAGGGAUAUCUAAAAGUGACUGAUUUUGGGUUUGCCAAACGAGUCAAGGGUCGCACCUGGACCCUCUGCGGAACACCAGAGUAUCUCGCACCAGAGAUUAUCCUCAGCAAGGGCUACAAUAAAGCAGUCGAUUGGUGGGCAUUGGGAGUGUUAGUCUAUGAAAUGGCUGCGGGUUAUCCUCCGUUUUUCGCAGAUCAGCCCAUCCAAAUCUAUGAGAAGAUCGUAUCGGGAAAAGUAAGGUUUCCCUCACAUUUUGGAUCGGACUUGAAGGACUUGCUCCGUAACCUGCUUCAAGUGGAUUUGACAAAGCGCUAUGGGAACCUGAAGGCUGGUGUUAAUGACAUUAAGGGUCAUAAGUGGUUCGCCUCGACCGACUGGAUUGCGAUUUUUCAGAGGAAAAUCGAAGCCCCCUUUAUACCGAGAUGUAAGGGGCCCGGAGACACAAGCAAUUUCGAUGAUUACGAGGAAGAGGCGCUUCGCAUAUCAUCCACAGAGAAGUGUGCUAAGGAGUUUGCAGAGUUCUGAAUGGUUUUUGUGUUUGUGUAAGUAGCCUUGCCAUUCUCUCAGGCUAUGAUAGACUGCCGUUUGCCUCGGCUCUUCCAUCGUCUGGCUCUGUGCUUGCUUGAUUGGGGUCUCUGCACUUUUUACUGCACUUCGAUACCAUGGAUACUGGAGUAUUAUGUCUGGAAGUGCGUCGAAUAGGUAGGGUACUGUUCGGUUCAAGUAUUAGUUGUGAUGGAGAUUUUUAAUGUAUAUUUUAUUGUAUUAUUUUUAUUUAUUAGUCAUUAUUGUAUAUAUUGUAUCAUAGCCGGGUUAGCAUUGCACUAUUUACAUUAAAUAGUGUGCAACACAACAUUAAUUUUCAUAUCAGUGCAGAGGUAACCAAUCUUAGAGUUUCAAAGUUCAUAAAGUAGUAAUAUGAUACAAUCUUACCCAUUAUAAUAAUUAUUAUAAAGACAUUAGGCUGCCUCGAUGAGCUUUCAACUUCCAAAAUAUUUUUAUCCCCGCAAAAUAUAUUUACAGUACAAUCUUUGAAUUAUCAUUGAGCUGACAAGUAUAUCGUGCAAAACUUGGAAUGUACUAGUCAAUUUAAAGUGUUAAGUUAACCUUUAUUUUACGAUAUACUGCAAUUGAUUUUUUUUUAACAAUACCUAUAUAUUUUUUAAUUAUAUUAGUACCUACAGCGCUUUGUAAAGUAUAUUCAUAUACAUUUGCUAUUUUACUUAUCAUUGUUUGUGCGUAUAUUUAAUGAAUUAUUUAGGAUAAUUAGAGCAUAGGUUUUACCUUUUUUUUUUUAUUUUAUUAAGAACACCUAUCUUUAUUAAGCGUAAAAAUUUUAAAAAAAUCGAUUGUACGAUAAUUGUUUAAGUUUUUUAAUUUUUAUCAUGUUUAAGAGAUAAUACUUUACAGUUGAAUGAUAAUUACGGGUGUAUCAAGGUAUAUCCAUAAAUAAUUUACUUAAUUCAAGUAAUUUGUAGCCGUAGUUAUGUUAUAAAUAUGACAAGUAGUAAGUUGCCUCCAUGUUUGGUUGAAUUAAUGAUCUGAAUUUAUUUAUUUUAAAGAUAAUGUUUUAUGUCUGUUUAUCAAAAUGGAUUAUAAACAAGCACAAAAUGUUCAAAAAGUAAGUUAACACAACCACGUAAUAUUUGCAUAACCGUUAACAACAAAAAUUGUUUUACCUACGUUAUCGCUUGUCUAAAGACUCGUUUCGAUAUACACAUAUAUACUCGUUGUUAAUGAGUCGUGCAAAUGUUGUUAGAAUACAACUUUAAAAAGUGUUUAAAAUGUGGUAGUUGAUUUAGCAACUCCUUUUACAUAAAUAUGUAAAGAGAAAUCAGCUUUAAAUUGGUAGUUACAUGUGAUACAAAUAAAAUGUGUACCUAUAAUGAAAGAAUAAAUUUCUGUAAUAUAUUAAUUAUUAAGUCGUACCAACCUGUUAUGUUAGUCGAUAUGUUAUCAAAGUGAAAGUUGUAUCAGUUACAAUCUGCAUAAUUAUUUAAAUAAAAUACCAUUUGAAUUUGUUAAAAGUUUAUAGACCCUCAUAUUUGAGUUGGAUAGUUUUAGCCAUUGUUGAUUAUUUGUAAAUUAUGGUCCUUCUUUUUAAUAGUGAAAUGUAGACUUUAAUUGAUUAGAACUUCAAUAAAAAUAUUUGAUGUCA